AUGAACUGGAUGAGUGCACAGAAGUACUGCAGACAGCGUUACUCGGAUCUCGCCACCGUCGAUGACCAGGCGGAUCACGACCAGCUGCUGAAAAUGGGAAAGUUUUGGCUUGUACUCUAUCGGACAACAGGUAAUGGCGUCUUUGUCUGUUCCAGUGUGAACUCUUAUGUGUUUUACCUGGUGACUAAGACAAUGAGCUGGACCCAAGCUCAGACAUGGCUAUGCUCCUGGGUCUUUUCUGAUGGGAGUAAAUCUCUGUUCAGUUCGUGGCAGUCUUCACAACCAAACAAUGCUGAUGGCAUCCAGUACUGUGUGUAUACGACUGUUAAUGGAUACUGGAAUGAUUGGGAUUGUUCAGAUAAAUUACCAUUUAUGUGCUACGAGAGUAAGAUACAGAUAGUAAGACUGGAGAUAAAAUCAAGCGCAAUUGUGAAUGAUCCUGCGGUGAGGAGUGGGAUUUUGGUGAAGAUAGAGCAGACGCUGAAGGAGAAGGGGCUGAAUAAAGAUUCCAAGCUCUCUUGGAUGAUGUUUUCUGGUGAAGAUGUCUUUCAUGAAAUGUGGUAUCAGAAGAGUGAUGCUUCAAAAGCGCCCUGCAAGAGAGCCGUAAACUGAUCUCAUGAUAGCGUGUAUGUUGUGCAGUUUUAGCUGUUCUCAGAACAUCGUAGAUGGAGCUGCAUGCUUCUGUUUCGGUAAGCUAUUUUUAUGCUAAAUGCAAAAAUAGAAUUUUGUAUAAUAACUAUAAUCAGUCACUUAAUCACCCUUACAUCUUACGCUGACUGUCCAUUUUGAAUGCUUUUUUUUUGUUGCAUGGUUAGAGUUGAUUUCUGAAUGUUACAAUAAAUUUAAGCAAGAAAGAUGACACCUGCAGGUCCACACCUGUCCCGUAGAGGGAGCUCAAAACAUCAAAAAGAGAAUGAGUUCUUGGCGUGCGGUUAUGUAAGAACUACUCCGUAAAGUUGUGAAAGUGUAAAUAAAACUAACGUUACUGAAAGUACAUUUUACAGUCUUUCUAGCGGUUUGUUUGAAUUAAAUUUUUGAAUUUUACUAGCUUUUUAUGACGUGAAAAUCAUGUCAAAAUAAAGCCUGUUUUCGUUUCUUUGAAUAUGUGACAAUAAAAGCAUCAACAUGAUUCAGUAAAUUACUGCUUCCAGAAUCAUAAACUGAUAGUUAUUUGUCACUGUUUAUUCAUUGCGCUGUAAUUUACACGCUGCAGUUCAGUUUGAUGGAUGCUUGCAUAUUUAUCAAGAGUUUCAAAGACAGUAAAGAGGAUUUAGUGAACUGGCAAAUAUAGGAAUUAAAAUUUACACUUACUUUUUAA